AUGGACUUUUGUACACACAUCCAUUCAGAAGACCUCAAACCACCUUCUCCAUCACAAGCCGUGUAUCGGGAAGAUUGCACGCAAUGUUUUGACUCAAUUGAUGACGAGUUGGGAUUGAAUGUUUGUCUCCACUGUUUCAACGGUGGCUGUACAGGCGAUAGAAAUCACUCCCGUCUCCAUUACAACCGAUUUGACCAUCCUCUGGCACUCAACAUAAAGCGGACGAGAAAGAAGGUCCAGAAGAUUUCCAAGCUUGCAAUUGCCGCGGAGACGGAUGAAGAUCGCUACGAUACAACCACAAAAGUCGUCUGCUAUUCAUGCUGUCAAGAUGAUAUAGAUAAAUCUAGCGGAAAUUUGUCUGUGGUAAUUGACGGGAUGAUGAAAGCGUUGACAUUCUCAAAAAGGGAAGAGGUGAAAGCCUGGGAACAGGAGUUCGUCCCUUGUGAACACACUCUUUGCUUGGUACAAGACAAUCCCAGACAGAUUGAAUCCCAAGAUCUCGGCCAAUGCUCAAUGUGCGACCUCAAGGAAAAUCUUUGGCUCUGUUUAGAGUGCGGCAACCUUGGCUGUGGACGCAGCCAGUUUGGUGGCAUAGGGGGCAACUCCCAUGCUCUUGCACACUCUGAUUUGGCAUCUCAUGGUGUCGCAGUCAAACUCGGAUCAAUAACCGCUGAUGGUUCUGCUGACAUUUACUGCUACAAGUGCAACGAGGAAAGGAUAGACCCUGAUCUUGCCACCCACCUGGCUCACUGGGGGAUAGAUAUAACAGGGCGAGAAAAGACUGAGAAAAGCCUCAUGGAGAUGCAAAUUGAACAUAAUAUGAGAUGGGAGUUCUCAAUGACCAAUGAGGAUGGCCAGGAGCUUACUACAGUUUUCGGUCCGGGCUUUACAGGAUUGACUAACCUAGGAAACAGCUGUUAUCUUUCGAGCAUUGUCCAAUGUGUUUUUUCCUUGCCGGAGUUUCAACAGAGAUAUUACCAUCCAAACGAAGAGCCUCCGUUCUCUCAGAACCCGGCAGAAGAUCUCGAGACACAGUUGCGGAAGCUUGCAGAUGGUAUUCUCUCCGGCCGGUACUCGAGGCCGGACAGGGAUGUCAUUGCUUCCCCAGAUUCCCCGGAAGUCCCGCAUCAAAAGGGAUUGGCGCCAGCAAUGUUCAAACAUUUGAUUGGUCGCGGGCAUGAGGAGUUCUCUACGAUGCGACAACAAGAUGCCUUUGAGUUCUUACUUCACUUAUUCAAGGUAAUCAGCUUGUCCUCGCACCCUGUGCAUUUGGGCAAUCCAAUCCAAACGUUCCGUUUCGCAACGGAACAGCGUCUUCAAUGUACCUCGUGCAAUAAGGUGCGUUAUAAAGUUGAUGAGCAAGACAACAUCUCUAUCCCGGUACCUGCGCGCCGAGUAUCUUAUCGUGAUAAGCCGGCCUCGUCUUCUGAGAACAACCACUCUGAUCAGUUUGAACCGGUAACCUUGUUGGACUGCCUGGACUCUUCCACGGCAGAUGAGCUUGUUGAAUUUAGCUGUCCAGCUUGCGGUAGUAGCGAUGGUUUCUCCAAAAGAUCAUUGUUUCGAACGCUACCACAACAACUUGUCAUUAACGCCCGGCGUUUUGAGUUGGUCAAUUGGGUCCCUACUAAACUGGACAUACCGGUUGAAGUUGGCGAUGAUACUGUGGAUCUCAGCCGUUAUCUCUCCUCUGGACCGCAGGAUGGCGAGGAGAUCCUCCCAGAGACCGAGACCGAUACAUUUAAUCCAAAUCAGGAAAUACUCGAUCAACUUCUUAGCAUGGGCUUUCCAGGAGUGAGGUGCGAAAAGGCACUUUACGCAACUGGGAAUUCGGAUACUGAGGCAGCCAUGAAUUGGCUAUUUGCCCAUAUGGAAGAUCCUGAUAUCGAUCAACCAUUUGCGGCCAGUCGAGUCGCUGGAGAGUCUACUAAGAACCAGCAAGAUCCGUUGAAGGUGGCACAGUUGAGUGAAAUGGGCAUCGGUGAUGCACAUGCAAGGAAAGCGUUGGCAGCUACAGAUGGGGACGUCAAUAGGGCCCUUGACUGGGUAUUCAGUCAUCCAGAUGAUUUGGGUGAAGACGCUGAUCAGAAUUCUGGAUCUGAACCUGAUGCUCCUCGUGAAACACCGGGCUUCAGUACUACGCCAGCCAAAUACCAGCUCCAGUCUAUAGUCUGUCACAAGGGAUCUUCAGUGCAUGCUGGUCACUAUGUGGCCUUUGUGCGAAAAGUCCUCCCUGGGGAAAACAAACUGUCGUGGGUGAUGUAUAACGAUGAAAAGGUUGUGAAGGUUGAUGACAUACAGGAGAUGAAGAAGUUUGCCUAUGUGUAUAUAUUCUCCCGUGUUUAG